CUUAUUCUUUUGUGCGGCCGAAUACUUUACAACAAAAGGUUUAACUAAACAAAUAACCCUCAUCUGAUAAUAAAGACGGGUUUGUUUGAGUUGAGUUAAAGGUUUGCAAUGAAAAUCAAUUUAAGCAUUUAAGUCAAAAUGGCGGACCCCGCGUCGGGUAAAUUAGAGCUUCUAUUUGCGCACCUUUCUAUUAACAACGUGCAGAACGUGCCCUCACUAUUAAUAGAUGCUAUUGACGAGUUUCAAAACAUCAGAUCGAGCCUCAGCUACGAAGACAAGAAAACGGUCAAUUUCAUCAAGACGCUUUUACAGCACGUGGAAAGGCAAGAAUGGACGAUGGCGCGUGAGAAUUUAGAAGGUGCACAGAAGGCUUAUCAGGACUAUAUUGAGAAGCAGCAAAAACUAAAUAUACCGUCUGCAAACAGUUACACCGCUAUUCAUGGAAAGAAUAAAUCUCAAGGACAGAAGGCUUUACCGGCACCCGACAGACCAACAAGCGCGUUAGAUCGCAGUAAGUACCUGUUCAAAGAGGGAGUUACCUCCAUUCCAAAUGACCUGGAGCAAGACAGUUACCUAUUACAUAGUCAUCAGACCAGCAAUGCUUACAGGCGUAUUAAUUUGUGGUCGGCAAACCAUCGGGCGAGAACGCAAAUGGAAAAGAACAGUGCGGUGUUAAAUUAUGACGAACAAGGACCAAACGCCAGACCGGUAACGUCCAGUAAACAAAUGGAACGCACAAGCAUUAACGAUUAUCCUGGGAAAUACGCUUCUGAAAGAGAGAAGCCAAAGGAUGCGUUGACAUUAGCUUUACCUGACAGCACCCAUCAAAGCGGCGAAGAGUCGGACUCGGACCUCAACAGACCUUCUAAGAUAGCGGAGUCCUACACACGGCUGUAUGAGGAAGAAUGGCAUCAUGCAAUGACAAGUCUGAAACGUCAGGCAAUCAUUGAGGAGACAGCGAUCGAAUGCUUGCUGUACAUACUCAUGGAGGCAUACCGCCAGUGUUUAGACGAGGCAAGAUUGCAAGUGAUCGAAUUCGAAAACGCCGUUCUUAAUAUCGUCACAAGCGGGAAAUAUACAUUUAACGACAAAGAAAAACUAGGCAAGACCGGAAAUGCUAAGCACAUGGUGCGAUACAGACGAGAAGUGUCAGAUUUGGCCGUCAAGAGACUCCAAGACCUAUUCCUAAUGAAGACAUUGCCGGUGAUCCAUAGGCGAUAUGGAAUAAAAGCAGACAAUCCAAUGGAUACGUACGCUCGCCAAUGCAUAGCAGUAACGUGGAGAAUGGCUGUGCAAGAUCCAGUCCUAUACAUAAGUUCACAUGUCGAUCAAAACACGCAGCUUCAUCCCAACUAUUUUAAAUCGUAUAAGACUACUGGUUCUACAAUAAGAUACCUUGUUUGGCCUACCUUGUACUUGUACACAGACGGCAUUGUGCUUAGUCGAGGUGUGGCGCAAGGAAACGGACACUUGCAGAUCACUGACUGAAUAUUCUGGUAUUCAAUCUUUACCUACUGUAAUAGUAAAGACCUGCUAUACAAAUGUUGUUUUUAUGUUCUGUAAAUAAGUUAAAACAGUAUAUACUCAGAAAAUAGUGCAUGCUAAUACCGAGUUUAUGUUAUAUUGUACCACCACCAAAUUGGUACAUGACAUUGUAAAUGCAUGUUCCGCUUUAUCUGGAUUUUUGGUAAAAAGAGACUUCCUAUAAACGUAAUUUUCAUAAAAGCGGAAAGUGUCGUCCCUUAUUAGCCUGUUCGGACUGGGACAACACUUAAUUCAAAUGCGUCCAGUUGUUGUGACUAAACGACGAAAGCUGCUACGUAAGAUGAAGCAGACCAGAGCUCAAGGCAAGUGAUAAUGGAUCGCGUGCCAUACCCUCCAGAGCUCAAGGCAAGUGAUAAUGGAUCGCGUGCCAUACCCUCUACGUCGAGGGCGUUCAUUGUUUGAUAAGGGGCACGAUGGGGGAGAACUAGGGAUUCUUUCAUGGAAUUAGAUUGCACUCACAAACUGUAUUUGCAACCUUAA